AUGGAAAAGAUUCCCGCGCCAUAUCUAAGCGAACAAUAUAGUUACACCAAAGAUGGACUGUCUUGUGCAAUGAUUGCCUGGAUGUUAGACCUUGAUGUCCGAGCAACAAUCAAGAAGCGCGAGUUCCAACGCACAUAUCAGAGACUAUGCCUUUACAUCAGGCAUAUGGAGUGCCUCAUGGACCAAGCCAAUAUCAAAUAUGACGGCUACACCGGCAAGGAAGACGGUCGAAGAAUGAAAGUAGCCAGAGAGACCUUCCAACCUCUGAUGAAGGCCAGGUUCAUAAGUACAGCACCGUAUCCCAUCACGGCCCCGAUCAGCACCGAUGGAGAGCUCUGCAGAAGCGUCUCGGAUGCGCAGACAUUCGAAUACAAGCUUCACCAGUUGGAGGUCAUUCGGUAUAUGGACCGGGUUGAUGGACCGGCAUUGGAUGAUUUCGAGACGAGUACGAGGAAGCCCAGACCUGAGACGGGAUGA